CCAAAGGCAAGCGAUCUGACUCCGGAUACAAGAAGGAAGCGUGGGUCGAAGUGACAGCGGCAUUCAACGAGCGCUUUGGCACCUCGUACCACUCGUUGAAGGUGAAGUCACGACUCGACUGCCUCAAGCGUGAAUACAAAGACGUCAAGUACUUACGGGACAACUCUGGGUUUGGGUGGAACGAAGAGCUGGGCCUGCCUACUGCACCAGAUGACGUCUGGGCUGCUGUUCUCAAGGCAAGCCCAUCAUGCAAGAAAUUUCGGUUCACACCGUUUCCGCUCUACGAAAAAUUGGCCAUCCUGCUCGACGGAGCGUACCUGGACGGGCGAUUUUCUUCGAUGCCACUGGGCUCCAUCGAGCAACGUGACAACAGCGGCAAUGAAACAGCGUCUUCACACAACAUGUCCAAAGAUUACGACAACUCCGACAGCAGCACCAACGACGCAUCUCCUCCACCAAAGAAUCUCAAGCAGAGGUUGGUGGACGUCCUAGCAUCCAAGGCAAACACCAGCAAGACCCACGCGACAGAGUGA